AAAAAGGAAGUGGCUACAGAGUUAGAAAAUUUAAAACCAGUGACCGACCCAACAAAUCCUUUCCUUUCAGCAUGGGACAAGCAGAGGCAAAAUCCGAAACUCGACCGGUUGUGAAAAGCCGGCUCCAGCGGAUAAAGAAACACAUUCGAGGUAAAAGCACUGGCAAAAGCAAAGUGCUGCAGCUGGUUCUGGUCGGUCCACAGGGUUCUGGGAAGAGCUCAGCAGGAAACAGCAUCCUGGGCAGGGCAGCAUUUACAACUGACACCAGAACACCUACCUGCCAGACUGAGACCGGUGAGAUUGGCAGCCGAACUCUCACUGUAGUGGACACACCAGGCCUAACCGGCGAUUUGGAUUCUGAUCAGGAGGUGAUUGAGACAAUCUCAAAAGCAUGUCAAGAUCUCCUUGAAUUGCCAAUCAUUUUCCUAUUAGUGGUGCCUCUAGGGUGGAAUGCAGAGAAGUCUCAGGAUGGCUCAGUCCCCCAUGUCCUCAAACAUGCUCUUGGUAAGGUUUCUCUGGACCACUUGAUGGUCCUCGUCUCUUACACUGACCAGGACCAGCAGGACACAUCUGAGAAUGAGAGCUUUCUGAGGAAGGGAGGACAUCUAAAGCUGACUGUGGAUCAGUGUGGCGGAUGGUACCACCUGUUUAACAUUGUCCAUAUGGGUGGUACCCAGUUCUCAGAGCUGCUUGACAAGCUUGAGAAAAUGAUGCACAAGGGUAAAAAGAUGCAGGAGUUUGAUGCCGACCCGGAAGAACAAUUCAAAGCAUUCAGCAAAACACCAAUCAAUCAACGCGAGAUCCCAAAGCAGCAGGGCCCGAUACAAAACGAAACACCAGUAUCUGCCACUCCUGAGAGAAAAGAGGAAGCAGGAGGGAUGUCCUCAGUCAGAAAAAACAUUCAGAAACUGGAAAACCAAAUGAAGAGAGAGCGAGAGGUGGAGGAGGAACACGCAAGACAGAGAAAUUUAGAGUACAGAGCACAGUUACUGAAAAUUAGAGAGAUGAUAGUCACCUUAAAGAAAUAGUCAAUUAAACACAUUAUCCUGUUCAAUCAAUUCAAACAUGAAUUUUCUUAAAUCCAACAAUGUUUUCUAAUUGAUCAUUGAUAAAUGCAUGUAUAUUGGGAAGAAGAUGGAAGCAACACAAUGAGGAAAGGAGAGCAUUGUAAGAGAGUGAGAGUUAGUUAUGGGAUUCUGCGUGUACAGUAACAAAUGUUUGGACAAA